CCAACUUUCAGCAUGGUGCUCAAACCUUUCGAUAACGAUGUGCUCGAUGGAUUAUGCUCCAAAGACCAAGUUGAUCUUCUCAAUGCAGUCGAUCGCCUUCGUUUGCAGGGCAUUGAUCACUAUGUUUCAUUGCCACAGAUCAUUGUGUGUGGUGAUCAGUCUUCAGGAAAAAGCUCCGUUCUGGAAACAAUUUCUGGCAUCUCUUUCCCGGUCAAAGGCAACUUGUGUACUUGUUUCCCCACUGAACUCAUCUUACGAAAAUCACCAAAUGUCGGGUUGAGCGUCUCCACUGUCCCCCAUCAGUCCCACACCAAAUCAGAAGCUGAAUCGCUCCGCAACUUCAGCGAGACCUUAAGCAGCUUUGACGCACUUCCUGAGUUGAUUGAAAAGGCAAAGGGCGCGAUGGCUAUUGGCAGUUUUGGUCGUGCAUUCUCGAAAGAUCUCCUGCGGAUUGAAAUAUCGGGUCCUGAUCGCCCACAUCUAACCGUUGUCGACCUCCCCGGACUCAUUCAUUCUGGAACCAAGCAGCAAUCCGCAUCUGAUAUUGGAUUGGUGAAAGACGUUGUAAAAUCAUACAUGGAAGAACCAAGGAGUAUUGUGCUUGCCGUUGUCUCUGCCAAAAACGAUUACGCCAAUCAUAUAGUGAUUAGUCUUGCUAGAUCUGCCGAUGGGAGUGGGACUCGUACGCUCGGUGUCAUUACCAAACCGGAUACACUGACCCCUGGAUCGGACACCGAAGCAAAGUACGUGUCUCUGGCCCAGAAUCUUGAUGUCGAAUUUCGUCUGGGUUGGCAUGUGCUCAAGAAUAUGGAUUCCGAAACUGGAUCAUGGAGUCUUCCAAAACGUGACAAAGAGGAGCAACUAUUCUUCUCAAAAGGUAUUUGGACUAAUCUUAACGGGUCAUUCUUGGGUAUAUCGAACUUUCGGGAGCGAUUGAGCAAGCUACUUCUCGCACAAAUUACCACGGAGAUACCCAGUCUUCUGGUGGAUAUCGAAUCGAAGUCUACCAAAUGUCGGACCGAAUUAGAAAAUUUGAGGCGACCGCGAGCUAACAUCGAAGAGCAACGAAGUUAUCUCAUUGCGCUCAGCCAAAACAGCCAAAUUUUAGUCAAGGCGGCAAUCGACGGAUCUUACAACCAUUCGUUUUUUGGCGAUGCAAAAACCGACGCUGGCUACGCAAAACGAAUCCGUGCUGUAGUGCAGAAUUUGAACGAAGAAUUUGCGGGAGUCAUUGUUCAUAGAGGUCAUGUAUACACAAUCGACGUCGGUCGCGGUACAACUAAGUCGUUACCCCACGAUACAUCAAUCCUUAUGUCUCGCACGAGUUUCAUGGCGAAAAUUAGAAGUCUACUCAAGCGUACCCGGGGUUGCGAACUCCCCGGGACGUUCAAUCCGCUGAUUGUAACCGAUCUUUUUGUCGAACAAUCAGAGCCGUGGGAGCAGCUGGCUAGGGACCAUGUCAACAAAGUAGCAGAUGCACUAGACACCUUUCUCCAGCUCCUCGUUGAUCAUAUAGCUGAUGCAUCUACUCGUGCCGCUCUCUUUGAAUCAGUUAUCAGACCGGGCUUUGACAGAGUACGCCAUGACGCUGUGAUUCGAACCACAGGACUGCUUAAACCACAUAGACUGGGACAUCCGAUCACAUACAACCAGGACUUUACGAAAACACUAUUGAGGGUCAAAAAGGAAAGAAGAAAAAUAUGUCUCGAAGACACCAUCAACAAACAUCUACUCGAUGGUCAUGCGAAUAACCCAAGUAGUCGGAAGCUCUUAUUGAGUACAUUGGUAAAAGAGGAUGAGAUUAACAUGGAAGAUGAUGCAUGCUCGGAGGCAAGCUUACUAUACGACGAUAUCAAUGUUCAGGUCAUCGAGACAACCAUGAUUGCAGGGUUGGAAAAGAUCAUCUCGCCAAUUGGAAUGCACAGUCUCUCGACUGAAAAGGUGACGGGUAUCGCUGGAGAGUCAGACGAGAGCCGUACGAGACGGGAACAGUUGAUGCAACAGCUGCGUGUGUUAGACAGUGGUACCGAGACGUGUAAAAACUUCAUGUUGAGGCGAAUACACGGUAGGUCUGAGAAAUUCAAUAUCGAUCGUCUUCGUACUAAGGCGAUAGGGGCUAAUUAA